CAUCGCGCACACAUGUACAACGAGAUACGCUUCACGUUGCAGACACAACUUUAUCGUGUCAUGCAACGAGAAUUUAUUCGUGUAUGCGUACGGUGAUCUGCCGUGAAGUGUACCGUAUAUCAGAACGAUGAUUUGCCUUUGACAUGGAGUGGAGAAGAAUAGCUCUCACAGUGUUGAUAGUGGGUUUAUGUUUUCUGGCAAUACCGAUCAGAGUGGGCCCCGAUACCAACAUCGAGGAUGUUAAGCUGUUUAAGAAUUACGUCGUUCGCUUCAAUAAAUCUUACAGAAGCGAUCCAGCAGAAUAUGAGGAAAGGUUCGAUCGGUUUAAGAGAUCGUUACGGCACAUAGAAACAAUGAAUGGCCUUCGAUCUUCGCAAGAGAGCGCGUUUUACGGGCUGACCGUGUACUCUGACAUGUCGGAGGACGAAUUUUUGGCGCAAACACUCGUACCUGACCUCCCCAUAAGAGGGGGAAAACACGUGAACGCGUCGUAUCAUCGGCAUCACCAUUCGCGUCACAGAACCGAUCGGGAUAAAAGAUCGGCCGAUGUACCCUUAAAAAUUGAUUGGAGGGAGAAGGGAGUCGUUAAUCCCGUGAGGGGCCAAGGAUCGUGCGGGGCUUGUUGGGCAUUCAGCACCGUCGAAGUCAUCGAGUCGAUGUUUGCGAUCAAAAAUGGUACUUUAUAUUCGCUAAGCGUGCAAGAAAUGAUCGACUGCGCGAAGAACGGUAAUUUUGGAUGCGAGGGGGGCGACGUAUGCAGCUUGCUCUCGUGGUUGCUGUUGUCGAAAGCGAAAAUUCUUCAAGAAUCCACUUACCCGCUCACGCGAAAGACGAGCACGUGCCAAUUGGGGAAGACAUUGGACAAAGAGUCUGGCAUAAGAAUAAAAGAUUUCACGUGCGAUAGCUUUAGAGACGCGGAGGAUGAGCUGCUGGUAACGCUGGCUAGUCACGGACCAGUAGCGGCUGCAGUGAACGCUUUAUCUUGGCAGAACUACUUGGGCGGUGUAAUACAAUAUCACUGCGAUGGCUCUUUUGAUAAUUUGAACCACGCUGUACAGAUAGUGGGGUACGACAAAUCGGCCGGUAUACCGCACUACAUCGUCAAGAAUUCGUGGGGAUCGAGCUUCGGAGAUAAAGGCUACAUGUACAUAGGAAUAGGCAGUAAUUUAUGUGGUAUAGCGAAUCAGGUCUCGUCGUUGGAUGUCCUUUGAAACGAAUAAAAAUAUUUAAGGUACUCUUUGAUUCGAAUUAAGUAUUUGUAUUGAACGUUAAAUGUACAUAGAUCUCGCAAAACUGUCUU